GGUCAGGCAGCUGCCCAGCCCUGCAUUGCGGGGAUCCAUGGUCGGCGUCCAGGCUGCUCCCCUGAGGCCCAGAGUUAAGAGAGCACUGAAGUUGGAGACCCUUGCAAAAGAAAACCCACAUGAAGCAACACCUUUGAAGACCAGAAAGAAAAAUUUAAGCUCGUAUUCACCAACAACAGGAACAUGCCAAAUCAGUGCAUUUUCAUCUCCCACGAGGCAUAAUGUACAAAACCUCGGAAAUGGUCUAUCAAAUGGAGACAGAGAUGAGCUGAAUGACCCAGAAAUCAGUUUAUCCAGAAGAGGCCAAUCUCAAACAGAAGAGUAUGAUAAGUUCAUGGUGUUGCAAUCUGAAGUUGAAAAUUCAUUGGUGAGAUUUCUGAAAAUGAGACAAAGCUUAACAACUUUACAGGCUUUAGAGGGCAGUAGAGAGCUUGAAAAUAUUUUUGGCGUCUCAGACUCAUCCUGUAACUUGAAAGCUGAAGUGCAGAAGACCAAAGUGCUAAUGGCUCAAGCAGAAAAACAAAAGCUGCUGAAGAGGAGUAAUGCAAAACAUCCUGCCCGAGAAUAUGUACAAUCUGGUAACAGCUAUGAAUUCCUUAAAUCCCUCAUUAACUGAGGCACUAUGUGAAAAAUGCAUUCCAUAUCAACACAAAGUUCUACAUCUGCUUUAUUGUACUUAAAAGGAGAGAAAAAAUGCCUGUAAAUCUAUCUCCCCAGCAAAUACCAAUUAAGGAUUGCUCAUUGCACAAGGCAGGUGCAUAUCUAGAUAAAAUUUCUGGUAUCUAAUUUAAACUUUACAAUGUGCACAACCAGAUAAUCUCAAUGUAAAUAAUUCAUUUCUUCAUGGCUCUUUUAUGCAUGUUUAUGUACUACAAGCUGAUCUAGAUUUACUGCUGUACAGAGUAUAAACUUCUUUUGCUACGUGCAGUUAUUAUAAACAGUAGUUGUGCUGCCUUGGUGUAAAGGCUGUAAUAUGUUUUAGCAUUGAGCAGGAAGAAGCUGAAUGUUUAAGGAUGAAUACUGAUUCCCAGGCCUUCAGAGAGACUGAAAAUUUCACAGUAAUGAUAUGCUCCAUUUCUAGGAAUGGGUGCCAGUUUUACCAUGAGCAGCAAUGACAAUUUGUAGGGCUUUGUUUAUGCAGUUCAUCAGCCUACGCAAAAGUUGAGAUGCUAUAUAAGAUAAGUUGCAGCAGUUCCAUGACAUUUUCGGCAAAAGCUGACAUACUCCAAACGGGGUGUUUGCAAAAUAUUUUAUUUUUUUGGUUUAUUGUGAUCAAAUAACCUGGGAAAUUACAUUAUGGUAGGAGUUCAUUCUGAAUACUCAACAAGUCCAAUUUGUUUUAAGCUAGGUAGUAGACAGUUGGGUUCCCUAACCCAGGGCCAUAUUUAUACUGCAUAAGUGGAUGCUAUUGACUUCAGUGAGAAUGUUUGUGGAGUAAGGCAUAACUGAACAUUAGUAAAGGUGUCCGAGGCGGGCCCUCACUGUUUACGUGCACAUACUUAGAGAAUGAUUAUGUGCUUCCUUUAGUCUAGUGUACGUACUUAGUACAAGGGAAGAGUUGGUGUAAAAAUGGGUUUGCUAUUGUUUCCGCCAUCCUUUGCCUAUUUCUGAUUACCCUGAAAACUCUCCACUUUUAGGCAGAGUUGCCAGAUUUGUAAAGGCAGCUGUGGCCUCUCUUGUGUGUUGGGUAGAAAGUACAGAUGUACAAAAAGGGUGAAGGAGUCUGAAUAUUAUUUCUUCCCACCAUUGUAGAGUAGUGCUUCUCAAACCAGGAGGCGCCUAGCAUUUUACAAGUGAAGUUUUGAGUUAGACAAAGCUAAAAUGAUGAGUGGUGCAGAGAUGUUGCCAGCUUUGUAUACUCUACAACUGCUCCGUAAAUGUAGAUAUUUUAGAAAUAGCAGAAACAUCCCUUUUUAAUAGAUAUGCAACCUGAUCCAAAAAGGCAUUUGGUGUGCAAAUAGAACGCAGAGUGUCUUAAGUUAGACAAGGGACAGUCAGCAAUUAAUGUCAAGUUAGUACAUUAUUUUUACCUUGACCCCAUAAUGUCAGAAUAACCAAGGUUAUCAAUUUUUUUAUUAAGGAAAACAGAAAAUUCAGGGCUGAAUGGGGAAAAAGAUUUAAGAUCUUGCUCCAGAUAUUACUCUUAACUAUGUGUACCUUAAUGCUGUUAAAGCCGUUACUGUUUCUUUGACCUCUUGGUAUACUUAGCUUUUGCCUUUCAGAAACAGCUGGGACUGCUAAGAACCAUUUCUCAAUUCUACACAAGGUAGAUCAGAUGACUCUCGCUUUAUCACCCUUGGAGGCCAUCUGAAGGACAAAGAAAAGAGAUACAGACAAAACUAAUGUUUUUAUAUGGUGAGGAACACUUGGCCCUAAUCUUGUGAUGAAUACAAGACAGAAGAGACUAACUAAAAUGUGAAACUAUUCCACUUUCUUCCAUCUUAGUUGGAUGUUUUACAUACUUUUAUUGAAAAUAGAGGUACACUACAUUGCUUUAGCUUAUGGCAGUGUUUCACUAAGUUUAUUUGUACAAAAUUCUGUAGGUGUUGUUUCUCAAAAUCAUGGUGGACUCUUUCUAUGGCUAAUACACGUAACUACCCACUCCUUUUUAAAAGAAAGAAAAGAUUUUAUUGUGGAUGGAAAUUUUGCAUGCCUUACACAUUGGUAAUUAUCAUGGUAGCACCCUCUCAGAAGAAUGUUAAAUGUUUAUGGAAAGGUUACAGUUACAGCUUGGAAUAAACUCUCAUACACUAGGUCAAGUGCUGUCUGUCUACAUAUAUAACUGGAGUUCACAAAUGCCUUAUAUGUUAAGUGGAAUGUUUUACCGCCUACAAAAUAAAGCUGCCUUCUAGAAGUGCUGGUAAUUACUUGUUGACAAGAUUAAGACAAGUUAUUUCACCAACAAAUACACUGCCUCUUUUAAUUAAAGAAAUGUAAACUCA